GGCCACUGUCUCUUUAAAAAUUGAUGGCGCGUGUUCUGUGUGGAACAGUUGUAGACUGGGAUAGCAUACAGUACACCGCACGAGUGUGGCUUCGUCUCUGUCAGCUACCAAAGUGAUCCACGGUACAGGCAAGCUUGUUUUCCCCUCAAGUCUUCUCACACUAGUUUUGUGCAGGGUCUGUUGCAGCCAUGAAUGCAAAGAAGGCUCCUAAGAGACAAAAGGAAAGUAAACAAGAGGAAGUAAAGGAUCCUAAGAAAGUUAAAGUGUCAGUUUCCCACAGCAGCCAUGGGGAGGAGAAGGGUCUGGUUCUAGUGCUGGGCCAAGGGGACGUAGGACAGUUGGGUCUGGGAGAGGACAUAAUGGAGAGGAAGAGGCCGGCCCUGGUGACACUGCCUGAGGGUGUGGUGCAGGUGGCGGCGGGGGGCAUGCACACAGUCUGUCUCAGUGACACUGGAAAUAUCUACACGUUUGGCUGCAAUGAUGAGGGUGCUCUGGGUCGAGAGACGACAGAAGAGGGCUCCGAGAUGGUGCCAGGGAAGGUGGCCCUGGACGAGAGGGUGGUUCAGGUGUCUGCUGGGGACAGUCACACAGCUGCACUCACAGAUGAUGGUGCAGUAUACAUUUGGGGCUCCUUCAGGGAUAACAGCGGAGUCAUUGGUCUACUAGAGCCUCUGAAGAAGGUUACUGUGCCUGUCAAGGUCCCCAUGAAAGGGCCUGUGAUGAAAAUAGCAUCAGGUAAUGACCACUUGGUGAUGCUGACAGCAAGCGGUGACCUCUACACAUCAGGCUGUGGAGAGCAGGGGCAGCUGGGAAGAGUGCCGGAGCUCUUUGCCAACCGAGGGGGCAGGAAAGGGCUGUUGCGGUUGCUGAUACCUCAGAUUGUGAAGGUCCAGUCUAGGGGCAAGAUUCACUUCACAGAUGCCUUCUGUGGGGCUUAUAUGACCAUUGCUGUGUCAAAAGAAGGCCACGUCUAUGGAUUUGGACUGUCAAACUACCAUCAGCUUGGGACCAAACUCAUCAACACAUGCUUUGUGCCAAUAAAACUUACCUCCUUCAAAAACUCCACCAUUAACUGGAUUGGCUUCUCAGGGGGACAGCACCACACAGUCUGCCUCGACUCUGCCGGGAAGGUGUACAGCCUGGGCCGGGCGGAGUAUGGGCGUUUGGGUCUGGGCCAGGGGGCAGAGGAGAAGAGCGAGCCCACGCCUGUGGAAGGACUGGAUCUAGCCCAGGUGGUGGCUUGUGGGGCGUCGGUCAGCUAUGCUGUCACCAAACAAGGGUCUGCAUAUGCCUGGGGUAUGGGCACUAACCUCCAGCUUGGCACAGGUGAGGAGGACGACGAAUGGAGCCCUGUAGAGAUGACUGGCAAGCAGCUGGAGAACCGCAUAGUACUGAUGGUGGCCAGCGGCGGGCAGCACACAAUCCUACUGGUCAAAGACAAGCAGGAGAGUUGAUGUAUCCUCAGGCAGGGGAAGAUUGCCCUUGUUGGUCUGUACCAGAAGGAUCUGUGUUAAAUACCUACAUGUGGGGGAGGGUUUUGUGGCUGAAUGUGACUUCCUGUGCUGAGCCAGGUAACCCGGAGUGGGAACGUGGUGAUGGGAAAGGGGCUAGUCUAUGUUAGAGGGCUCUGAUCUGUCCCGCUCAGUGCAAAAAUCCCCUAAUGUUUUUGAUGUGGUUCAGUAGAUUGUGAUCAACAAGCAAGAGAAACAAUUUUUUUUAAAUCUAGUUUAUGCUUAGUUAUUUUUUUAAAUGAGAAUCUUUAGGAUGCCAGUCUGGUAUGUUUGGGGGGGAAAUAAUGGACGAGCCUUUUAAUGAAAUCCCACGUCACAGCCUUUUAAGAAUACCCUCCCCCCCCGGCAUCUGUAAGAUGAGUACUAGUAUUUCUUGUCAGCAAGGUCCUUUCAUUUGAAAGUUUGGCCUAAGGUGUCUUGAACCAUGUAGUUUAGACAGCUGUUCACUAUACCCCCUUGCACAAUUAUUUGCUGGUCCAACUUGGAAAUAAAAGUACAAUUUUACUGUUUUGAUCUUUCUUUUGGUUUGCGUACUGCAAUGACAAACUUUGUUCAGGGGUUGGUGCUCGUAAUAUAUUGAGGGCCCAAUUAGUAGCUGGCCAUAGUGAUGAUUUGAGUACAACAGCCUCACAUUUAUCAGUCUGCCAACAUAUAUAUUUAUAUAAGGCAGCCAACAUAAAUUAAAAUCACUUGAAGUUGCAAAUGAUUGUUCUGGGGCAGAGAGCAAUGCUACAGGCUACUUUUGUGCUAGUGAGAAGGGAAAUGUUGCGUCCUUGGAUUUUUCUACUGGCUUUCAUCUGACUAAUGACUCAAGGAUGUGAAAUUGUCUUAAAAAGCCCAGGUAGCUCCCAUUUUUCUCAAAGCUUUGAAAUGAUAAAGAACCUUUUCUACGCACUUAAUUGACGAGUAUGGCCUCAUCCCACUGUUUGUAGUGCCUGUUCUCCUUUGACAGCAUUUGAUUUUUGAUGGGUGGGCAAUCCAUUCCGUUCCGGAAUAUGCAGUGUCCUUCACUUUUAAAUUUCAUUUAGCAGUUUAUGACACUUAGGGGGGCUUUCACACUGUUCCUGUGCUUCUCUAAUGGUUGCCCUGACCAUCUAAGACUGACAGUCUCACCAGUCUAUGAUGCCUCAGAUCUCUCCCUCCUUAGUGUCUCAGCUUGAUCUCUUAACUCAUCAACCAAUGUGAUCAAAUAUGAGCUGACCCUCAACCUUCCUGGUUAGUAGAUGAAGCAACGGUGUCGCGAAAAGGUUCUGGCUAUUGGAUUUCACAGUACUCUGUAGGGUAGAUAACAAUUAGAUGAGUGACUACAGCCGAUACUGUUUUGAGUGAGAUUAGUAAUAAACUUUAAUUUAAUUGUCUUUAGACCCAAAAUAUACUACAGACCCUGGUUUGAUUCCAGGCUGUAUCACAACCGGCUGUGAUUGGGAGUCCCAUAGGGUGGUGCAGAAUUGUCCCAGCGUCGUCCGGGUUUGGCCGUCAUUGUAAUUAAGAACUUGUUCUUAACUGACUUGCCUAGUAAAAUAAAACCGUUCAUAUAAGGAAAUCAGUCAAUUGAAAUAAAUCUAUUAUGCCCCCAUCUAUGGAUUUCACAUCUGGGCAGGGGUGCAGUUGUGUGGGCUUGGAGGUUUUCCCCAACAAAAAUUGCAAUUGCAUGCCCCCUCAACUUGAGACAUCUGUGGUGUUGUGUGACAACUGAAUAUUAAGACAAACAGGGAAAUGGUUCUAAUUGUUUUUCCACCAUUUAUUUUUCACACAGGAUUUUGGAAACACUUAAGGGUUGGGUUUUGUGUAGUGUGGCGGAAGAAUCAGAAAUAAUUAGGUAACAUAUAUAAUUAAGAUGGCUUAUCUGCAUAAUAUGCUUAUGAUAUGCUUGUUAUUAGAAUGUAUAUUUUUGUACCUGGGGCCCAGAGAGGGGAGAAGUCAGGCUAGUCUUUCACAAGCCUGACUUGUUGAAUAUCAGAAGGAGAAGACAGGAGGGAACAUUGUCUUCAUAUGUGAAUGUUCUAAACCACAUGAAGGGAUGGCGUGAUUAAUGGGGAACCAAUUAUUUGUCUCCACAAUGUCUGUGCACCAGUCACUCCCUCCUUUGGUAUUGGGGGAGAUACGGUCUGAGAAAAGAUGUGGGCUAGUGUCUGGAACCAUUGGAUGUUCUCUCUGAUGUUGCACCUAUCCUGGAGUAGUGUAUGACAUAGAGGCUCAUUCCCCUCAGUGAGCUUGUCCAGGUGUGUGGUCAAGAAGGGGUUUUACUUGAGAUGGUAGUAUCUGGAGUUGACAAUUGAUUUAUGCCAUAUAAUUAAUUGGUGUUUCUGUGCUAUGAAGUACCAGGAACGGGAUCGGAGCUUCGUCUUAGGGCCAGACUAAACAAUAAGAACAGUCUUCAUAGCAAAUGCUAUCUGGCUGCGGGAUACUCCUUUCUCAUAUAUCAAGUUUCACCUUGUGACCCAUUCCAUACCUCUGCUGUUUGUCAUAAAGACUAAAAAAGCGUAUCUUUGUAUGUUAGAGCUACUCGCCACAACACUGGGAAGUGUUGAGCUGACCAGCCUCAUCAUUAUAGAAGCAAUUGCUCUAUGCUUUCCUUAUUAAUACAUUUUGAAUAAAUUAAUAUACUGAUUGGUGA